GAGAGAUGUGAUAGCAUGAAAAGAAAUGUGCAUGGGGAGGGGCCGCUAGGGCUAGAAUACAUGUACGUAAUUUUUGAAGAAAAAAAAGCAAAGGGGUUUAAGGUUAUGUAUCUGCAUUUUAGCUAUAUGAAAUCGAUCACACGUGGUAUGUGCAAUUUGAUAUUGAUCUUCAUCAUUGCGUGUAGAUCUUUAUAACAUAUAUUUCAACUGAUUAUAUAAUCUUGUGAAUAAUUGUCUUUGCUAUGCUUUUGUUUGGUUUAACUCAUACACUAAAUAUCUAUAACAUGUUAGCCGAGAUCAUUUAUAACAUCGAAUUUUGGAACCCAUAUUAAUUGUUCAUACGAAGAUAUAUUAGAAUUAUAGUAUACAUGAGUAGUAUUCACGUAAAGACCAAAAAAUAAAAAAGAGUAUGAAAUGAAUAAAUAAGCGGCCGAUCAUUCAAUAGUAUACAGAAACUUACAUUGAUAGUCAAAACCCAAACACUUUUCAUUUAUUAUAAAUGUUGAAAUUAGUUCAUCGAAUUAGCCUGAUGUAAAUAAUCUCCUUCUCUCUAUAUAUCUCUUCCUCUCUUCCUCUCUUCCUCUCUCUUUUUUUAACUUGAUGAUGAUGACCGCAAACUUGAACGGCGGUGGAAGAGGAGGAGGGGAAGGACCAUGCGGGGCGUGCAAGUUCUUGAGGAGAAAGUGUGUGAAAGGGUGCGUUUUCGCUCCUUAUUUCGAUGCAGAUCAAGGAACUGCGAGAUUUGCAGCGGUUCACAAAGUGUUUGGAGCCAGCAAUGCCUCUAAGAUGUUACUGAGAUUGCCUUUGCACAAGCGACUUGAUGCAGUCGUCACGCUCUGUCACGAGGCCAUGGCAAGGCUUCGUGAUCCUGUCUAUGGCUCUGUUGGCCAUCUCUUCUCUCUUCAACACCAGGUGAUGAAUCUACAAGCAGAGCUUGCUCAUGUUCAAGCUCUUCUUUCAACAUUUCAGCGUUUUCCUCUACAAUCGCCACAACAAAUGCAGCCACCGCCUUUUGAUCUUGCGCAUAACAAUGAAUAUACGAUGGAACCGAGUAAUUUGGAUGGUGUGUGGGAAGAAGAACAUUUACUUCAAGAUGGAACUGAAGAUGGGGAUUUCCAAGAACUGGCGUCGCAGUUCGUCUCAAGGUAUUUACCGGCGGUCAAACUUCCGGCUUGCACUUAGGUCAAACUACAAGUCAAGAACUUAUGUAUUAUAGCAAUGGAGAGUAGAAAAAAGGGACAUGUCUCUGUUCCCAAUAGUUGACCAUUCCGCUUAAGAUCAUGAUAUAGCUAAGUAUGUAUGCCUGUUAAGAGUUCAAAUUGGUUCUUGCAUGGAGUGUUUCUUCGACAAAACAUCAGAUCAUGGUAACAGAGCAAACAAUGAAAUGCUUAUCGAGCAUG